UUUUCCCCCGGAAGCAGAGAGCACGUGGCCUCAUGUCAUAAGGUCAGACUGAAACAUGGCCCACUCAGACUCCGUAAAAGCGGGUGUACCGUCGUAUUUAAAGGAGGCACAGAUGAUUAAACAGGGCGCUGAAGCCCGUGUAUAUCGAGGGACGUUUCUGGGUCGGUCCGUGGUUAUUAAAGAGCGAUUCACAAAAUUAUAUCGCCACCCUGAAGUCGACGAGAAACUGACGCGCCGCAGAACCACGCAGGAGGUGCGAUCCAUCCUGCGAUGCAGGAGAGCAGGUAUCAAUGCACCCGUUGUUUAUUUUGUUGACUACACCACUCAUUGCAUCUUCUUGGAGGAUAUUAUUCACUCCGUGUCAGUAAGAGACCACAUCGCAUCGGCUCAAGCAUCAGAACAAAACCCACAGCAUCUCCAGACUCUAGUAGACAAGAUCGGUGAAAUCCUGGCGCAGAUGCACGAUGAAGAUGUCAUCCACGGUGAUCUCACCACCUCCAACAUGCUUCUGGUCAGUGGAGCUGAAGACCACAACAUGAAGCUGGUUCUGAUUGACUUUGGGUUGAGUUACAUUUCUGCUCUACCAGAAGACAAAGGAGUUGAUCUGUACGUGUUGGAGAAAGCUUUUCUCAGCACUCAUCCCAAAACAGAGACUUUGUUUGAGAGACUUCUGAAAAGUUACACCGCUUCAUCCAAAAAGUCACCUGCGGUCAUCAAGAAACUGGAUGAAGUUCGACUGAGAGGACGGAAGAGGUCUAUGGUGGGAUGAAGUGCAUUACGGAGUGUGUUCUGGCAUUGGAAUAGGUUUACACAGGAUUUGCUACGAGUUUAGAGCAGUACUUUGAUGUUGGAAAUGUAGUCAUCUUUGUAGGACAUGAAUGUGUAGGGUUUUUUGAUGCACUGAACAUAAGGUAAUGAAUGAUUCAAUCUCAGAUUCUCCCAUUCAGUGUGGAUUCAUAACGCAAAUGCACUUGGAAAUCCACUGAUACCAGCUGAUGUCUGGCCCACCUGGUCAAUUUUACAUGAAUGUUAGUCAAAGAGUAACCAUUUCUACCAUCUACCAUUUCAUCUAUAGUUCAAUAUAAUUAAUACUAAUUGCCAUAAAAUGGCAGUUGAAUUUUUGGGGCCGUAUUAAAAAUGCAUGUGAUGUUAAAAAUGUAAAUCAUCAUGUUCAGAGUGAUUUGAAGACCUGCGAAUGAAACCAAUAAAAAAGUGCAUUCAA